GUCUUGCAGGUAGAGUGCCUGAUCAGCGCUGAAUAAAUAAUACAGUGGAAAGCGUUUGGGAAGUCGAUGUUAAAUUUUGUUCUGAAUUUCUUUGUCAUUCGAUAUUCCUGUGAGAAAUAUUAAGCAUUUUGUUGAAACGUAGCAUUACUCCUUCGGAAUAUAAUAUUCCGUAAUUUAAGAUAAAUUUUGAACUAUUAAUGAAUAAUAAAUGAUGGAGUUUACUCCUACGAAUAUACGGGAUAUCAAACCGGGCAUGAAAUCCUUAAAUGUUGUAUUUAUUGUACUUGAAAUAGGAAGGCCAAAUAUGACAAAAGAUGGUCAUGAAGUUAGAACGUGCAAAGUGGCUGAUAGAACAGCUAGUAUUAAUUUAUCUGUUUGGGAUGAACCGGGUCUUUAUGUACAACAAGGAGAUAUUUGUAGGCUUAGCAAAGGUUAUGCUUCUAUAUGGAAAGGUUGUCUUACCUUGUAUACAGGUAAAGGAGGUGAAAUACAGAAAAUAGGAGAAUUAUGUGUUACAUUUACAGAAGUACCAAAUAUGAGUGAAAGUUCAGAUCAAGUGAAUCAGCAGAAAACUCAGCCUACUGCAGAACAGAGAGGCUCUCCUACUCUACAACAGCCCUUACCUCUUGUACCAGCACCAGGUGCAGCAGCUCCACCUACUACAACAACUGCAUCUACAGGAAAUGGCAACCAUACUACAUCUGCCUUUGCUCCUAGAAAUGCAAAUAGAAAUUCUGGACAAACAAGACCACAGUUGCCUGUAAUUAAUAAUGGAGUUAAUAGCAAACCACGUCCUGGCAGACGAUAAGAAAUAGUUUUUUCUAUUCAUUAUAUUAUAUAUAAAAUGUAUUUUAUAAAUUGGAAUGAAGUUUCUGAAGAAAUUUGUGCAUUCCAGAGACCUUUUUUUUUUCUUUGUAACGGGCAUGUUUGUACAGUGAGCCACUUACUUAGUCUCUUAAAAUUCAAGGUCCCAUCUAGGAAAGAAGGAAAAAAUUGAAAUGCAUUUCUCAUCUGAUAGUCAUCAGAAGUAAAAGUUUCAUUUGUUGUAGUGUUUCAUUGUCAUUUUAUGUCAUAUGUAAAAGGAAAUUAUACGUCAUUAUAAAGAGAAUUUCCUUUGUCUUUUAGAUAGUGAAAUUUUAAGUGUUUUAUUAAAGUACUUAGGGUAUUGUAUUAAAAAGCCACCUUCAUAAUUGAGAACAUGACAAAUAAAGAUGAAUAGAAUUUACCUUCAAUGAAUGAGCUUUCUUUUUAAGAUGUUUCUAUAUAAUAAUUUUAUUCCAAAUGUGUAAACGUAAACAAUGACUGCAGUAAAUUAUGUGUAUCAUUGCAUGAUAGUUGUCACUGUGAUGUUUUUCUGUUUUAUUUUUAGGGUAAAAAUGAAACUGCAGUUAUUAAGAGUAUAGGACUAUUUUAUACUGAAAGAAGUUUCAUAUCAAAGAUUGUAAAUUUGAUUAGCUCUAAAGUAUGAUGUUAUUCUUAAGCAAGCAGUUAUGUAGUAAGAAAACUUUCAUAUCUUCUAAAAGUUUAAUCAGUUUUGAUUAUAAUUCCAUUAAUUUCUUAGCAAGCAAGUGCAAACAAGAGAGAUACUGUUUUGAGAAUCCUCCUUUAGUGCAUGAUUUUCUUGAUAGAUUUUGAUUUUAGUGUAGUAGAUGAACAUGGGCUUUGAUAUGCACAAUAUAUUUGUAAUACAUAAGCAAGAAAAAUUAAAGGAAGCAUUAUAAAAAUUCAUGUUACUUUAAUGAUUUUGCAGCUGAGCACCUGGUACUUGCACAGGAUCUUUAUUUUGUCAUGUCUGACAUAUCUUUAAAGCACAGAAUCACCUAUUUCUGCCAAAAUAAAGUUAAAUAAAUAAAUAAGAAUAUGAUAAAAAAUGGAAUAGGCUAAAGUUGGUGGUGUAGUUUUGUUGUGAUACAUAGCAAAUAUUUAUAAGAUAUGUAGUCACCCCAAAUGGGUAUGCAAGCUUUAAAGAGGUUUUUACGUGUAUAUUUUAGAUUAUUCUGGAAUUCCUGCAGUAACAAAUUGUAUUCUCAUGGAAUAGUGCCUUGAAGCUCCUGAGAAUGCUAGGUGGAAGCUGCAGAGAUGCAAGUCAGCGUCCUAGUAUGUUCCUCUUACAUUCUACUAUAUUUAAAUUCAGAGAAUAUAUGGGCCACUUUGUAUGCUGGGUUUUUUUCAUCCUCAGGAUAAUUGGUCAUUAGCGCAGUGCAAUGAGGAUGAGCAUUAUUGUCCAUUAGAAGGAAGUUACUACUGAUUUCACCCCUGAAUUAUUUGGCAUAAAGAUCAAGAACCUUACCUCUGUAUAUCUGAGCACUCAUAGUUGCACUGUUUAAUAUGUGUAUAUCAAUAUUACCAUUUAAAAUGAUGCCCAUCCAUACUAUUGUUAAUUAACUUUGCAUUGAUGCCUUUCAUGGAUAUUUUCAAGCUUAUUGCACUUGUUUAGCUCCCUUUAGAUCAGCAACCUUUUUCAUGUCAUGGCACACCUCACGAACCUAAGUAAUAAGACACAUAUUUUAAAAAAAAAUUAUCAACAUGAUCAAUUUCUUCUUUUUCGUACUAGGGAUUCUAUUCAUAAGAACUUUCAAAUAUUUUUGACUAUAAUGCAUAACAUUCCAGCUAGAUAUUCAUUUCAAAUAAAUCUUAUGAAGUCAUGAACAUGGAAUAAAUAAUGAAAUGAAAAUACCUGAUCCAUUGUAUUCUCAGUGACUGAUGGUUGAUGUAGUUUUUAUAUCACAUUUGUGAAUUAAAUUGUCAGAUUUGAUCAAAUGAAACUUCUAUUUAAUUCUAAAAAAACACUUAUUUAUACAAUUAUGAUGUGAAAAUACACAAGCAAAAUUAAUUAUACGGAAAAGAAUCACUGACUGUAUAUAAAUAUACUACAGAUUAUAAUAAUUUGAUGAUUGCUAGUAAUGCAUGAGAAAGGUUCAAUCUAUAAAUUUAUGACAUAAAAAUUACAUUUCAUGGUGUUCCUGGUAUAGAAAAAAUGGCAUUUAAUAUAUGGUAGCAAAUAUGCUACCAUGGUCAUUAGAGGAUUAAAGGGAAAGUUUUUAUUUACUUCUUCCUUAAGCAAUUAUCCUGUUAUUUGCAUAACUGUCUGUAAUUUGGCAUGAAGAACUGUAAAUGAAUGUCAUCUUGGUGAACUUUAUAAACAUUCCGGAGUUAUAUAUGAAUUAUACAUAAACAAGGAAUAAAUUUUAACAACUUCACUAUUUAAAAGCUAGAUCAAUUACUUUUUUGAUUCUAAAAUUUUUCAAUAUUUAUUUUUAUAUAUAACACUUAUAUAAUUUUAAAUUAAAAUUAAAACUAACAGGCAGAAAAAAAAAAUGUUAGAAAAAUAAACAAUACAUUAUUAAUUGACCAAAUUAAAGGUAUCACAAAUUAUAAAUGGAGCUAAAAAUGGAAUAUAAUAAUAUUUGUAAGAUUGUAUAAAUUAAUAAACAGCAGUAGAAAGGUCUAAAAAGUGGAAAAGCUGCAUUAGCAUCUUAAUUUUUAACUUCAUCGUUGUUUACUUUAUAUUUUAACAGCAUUAUGCACAGGAAAUGUUUUAUAAGUCCUAUUACCUAUAUUUUCUCCAAUUUAAGUUUCUGUAUAUUUUGUAAGAAAAGAAAUAUGUAAAUAAAAAUUCUAACUUUAAUGAUCAUGAAUUCUUUGACUGUCCAUUUUAAUUUGAUUAUUUCUCCUUUCCAUCCUAUUAGGUGCUUCUAAAUUUCUAUAAGUUGUGUCAUUUCAAAGUUAAUCCAUGUCAUAUGAUUCUUGCAUAAUGCUUCAGUCAAUAAUGAUGUCAGUUAGGAAACCAAAACUUAAAAAUUAACUAUUAGGGAUAAAGCUUAACUGAAUCAAAUUUUCAUCUUAGGCACAUAUUCUCUUUCAGGUUAUAUAUGAAUUUCAGGUUAUAUAUUCUCUGAUGUCAACAUAUUUCAAUCUCAAUUUUUCAUGAAUUCUAUUCCUAAUGCAGGGUUCAUAUAGUCCUUAGGUUUUUUUAAAUCAAUUUUUAGUCUUUAAUUUCGGCUAACAGCAGAAAGUCCUUAACUUUAAUCAUCUGAAAUUUCUUUCUGUUUUUACGACUGCUAUUUUGAGUGUGAAUUAGCAUUUUGAAGGAAUAUUUUUGGUGAUUCACUGACAAAUAUAAUUAUCUUCUGAAUGGGUUCAUAGGUUAUAAUUUGUUCCUAUUUCUAAUAUAAAUAGUGAGAUACUCGAGUUUCAUAGGAAAGAAAUUCAACUUAAGCAUUUCGAAAUUAUUUCAUUUUUUUCUAUUGAAGAACUCUUAAAUAACUUUUUGCUUUUGGUGAUGUGAAUUCUUUCAUUAAAUGGUUCUAAAUUUGGCGAUUUUAAGACU